UGCUGGGGAAGAAGAACGCAGACGCACCGCUCUUUUAAUCAAACAUGGAUGCUUUCACAAAAAUGAACGGGUUUCUCAUUAAUUGUGACAAAUAAACAUGUAGUGAACUUGUACAGAAGUGUAACCUGCAUCUUUUUCUGUUGCUCUGAGAAAUCUACACUUUAAGAGAUAAACCUGCCAAACGGGAUUUUCAGUAGACAAAUUCAAGAUGAACUUCAUAGAGGAAGAAGAGGUCUCCCAAAAAGCGAAAGUCCCCCCAAAGAAUAUUGACAUGACCACCAGUGAAAAGGUGGUGGAACUUCUAAAUCAAGCAGCGCUUAUUCCCACAGAUGAAAAGCUGACUGUGCUCAAACAGGUCCAAGAGCUUAUCAUCAACAAAGACCCAUCUCUUCUUGAUAAUUUUCUUGAUGAGAUGAUUGCAUUUCAAACUGACAAGUCCAUAGAAGUUAGGAAGUUUGUCAUUGGGUUCAUUGAAGAAGCUUGUAAGAGAGACAAUGAGCUCCUCCUCAGGCUGAUUGCUAACCUGAACAUGCUGCUGAGGGAUGACAGUGUAAAUGUGAUAAAGAAGGGCAUCCUCACACUCACACAGCUCUACAAAGUCUCUCUACAGUGGCUGGUGCGAUCUAAAGUAAUCUCGGAGAUGCAGGAGGCAUGCUGGGACAUGCUCACUAAUAUGAAAGGAGAGGUGCUGGAGUUAUUGGACUCUGAAAACGAUGGUGUCAGAACUCAUGCCAUUAAAUUCACUGAGGCUUUGAUCAUCGCCCUGUCUCCACGGACACCAGAGUCAGAGGUCCCCAAGCGGCAAGAGAAUGACAUCAGUUUGGACAAAGUACCCAAAGACCACUCCUACAUCCGCUAUGAUGCUCUCUGUGAAGAGGGGAAGACCGCUCUGGAGAAGCUGCUGAAGUUUAUGGUGCACCCGGCCAUCUCCAGCAUCAACCUGACAACAGCUCUGGGCUCGCUGGCCACAAUCGCCCGACAGAGGCCCAUGUUCAUGUCCGAGGUGGUACAAGCCUACGAGACUCUGCAUGCAAACUUGCCCCCCACUCUGGCGAAGUCUCAGGUGAGCAGUGUGCGCAAGAACCUAAAGCUCCACCUGGUGGCCGUUUUGAAGCACCCGUGCAGUCUGGAGUUCCAUGGACAGAUCAGCACUUUGCUUCAGGACCUAGGAAUGCCUCAGAGCGAGAUCGCCCGCUCCACUCCUGCCCUCCGAGAACAACGCAAACGCCCCCGACACGAGCAGUACACAGAGGGCAAGAAGGUCAAGAUCGAGCCAACCCUGAUAGAUGAGGAUGAGGAUAAGGAGGAGCCCCCCCCUCCUGUGCCCAAACCUGCUCCUGCUCCAGUCGCUCAGUCAGCUAUAGAUCUCACAGCAGAGUUCUUGCGCCCCCUACUGACCCCUGACAACGUUGCCAACCUGGUGUUGAUCAGUAUGGUGUACCUACCUGAUGUGAUGCCCGCCUCUUUCCAGUCCACAUACACGCCCGUCGAGUCUGCAGGCACAGAUGCUCAGAUCAAACAUUUGGCUCGACUCCUGUCCACUCAGAUGACUGCUGCAGGGAUUGGUCCAGGUCUUGAGCAGUCCAAAAACAAAGAGACAGCAGAGGAAGAGGGCAGCAGCAAAGACCCUCUGAUCAAACGUAAAUCUCAGAUGAUGGUGCAGAACAUUUCUGUGGUGGGGGUACACACGGAGAAAACACCUGAGAUCCCAGUGCUAAAGAGGCUUCCUGAACCCAUUCUGCCCUCUGCUCAGACCAAAAUCUCAGGUGCGAGUGGGAGGAAGAAGGUCUUCCGUUUGUCUGAUGUGAUUCAGCCUCUGACCGACACUCAGCUUGAAAGCCUGUCGUCUAAAGCCGUCAGACGCAUCCUGCACUCAGAGAAGUCCAUCGCCCAGAGCGGCAUGUCCCAGGUUAGAGUGAAACUGUUGUCCCGUCUGGUGACUCAAUUUGAGGGAAUGAUGAAGGGGGACGUCCUGGAUUUUAUCUUGGAGGACAUCCGGACUCGGAGCGACCUGGCGUUUUCUCUGCUCUAUCAGGAAUACACCACAUAUUUAAGCCAGAUGCCCUCCGGUCUGCUCGACAGCUAUGAUCAUUGUCUUUACACUCUGCUGUCUGGGCUGCAGGAGAAACCAGAGCAGAGGGACGGACUUUUCACCAAACUGGUUUUAGAGGCUCCAAUUAUUACAGAUUCUGCUUUAGAAGUCAUACGGCGAUAUUGUGAGGACGAGUCUCGAGUUUAUUUGGGAAUGACUACCCUAAAGGAAUUGAUUUUCAACCGGCCUUCACGGCAGUUUCAAUAUCUUCAUGUGCUUUUGGAUCUUAGCUCACAUGAAAAAGAGAAAGUGCGCACAACAGCCUUAAGUUUCCUGAAGAGAAUGUAUGAAAAAGAGCAUUUGAGAGACUACAUUGAGAAGUUUGCCUUGAACUACAUGCAGCUCCUGGUUCAUCCCAAUCCACCCUCUCUGCUAUUUGGGGCUGACAAAGACACAGAGGUGGCUGCCCCCUGGACAGAGGAGACAGUUCGUCAGUGUCUGUUCCUGUAUCUUUCUCUUCUUCCUCUCAACCAUCGUCUGGUCCAUGAACUCGCCGCUGUUUACACUGAGGCCAUUGCAGACAUCAAACGCAGCGUCCUCAGAGCUAUAGAGCAGCCGAUUCGUGGAAUGGGCAUGAACUCUCCUGAUUUGCUGUUAUUGGUUGAAAAUUGUCCAAAAGGAGCUGAGACACUUGUAACACGCUGCCUCCAUAUUCUCACUGACAAAGUUCCUCCAUCUCCAGAGCUGGUAGAGAGGGUGCGCGAUCUUUACCACAAGAGGGUGCCAGAUGUGCGCUUUUUAAUCCCAGUUAUAAACGGCUUGGAAAAGAGUGAAGUUAUCCAGGCCCUUCCCAAGUUAAUUAAACUCAACCCAAUUGUAGUGAAAGAAGUAUUCAACCGGUUAUUAGGCACACAGCACAGUGAGGGCACUUCAUCUGUUUCUCCUCUCACUCCUGGAGACCUGCUGAUUGCUUUACACAACAUCGACUCAACCAAAUGUGACAUGAAAUCUAUUAUAAAAGCUACCAACCUGUGUUUUGGAGAGAAGAACGUUUAUACCUCAGAGGUGUUGGCAGUGGUGAUGCAGCAGCUGAUGGAGCAGAACCCUCUCCCAAUGCUCCUCAUGAGAACUGUGAUCCAGUCUCUCACCAUGUAUCCCAGACUGGGCGGCUUCGUCAUGAACAUUUUAUCAAGACUCAUUGCUAAACAGGUGUGGAAGUACCCUAAAGUAUGGGAGGGGUUUGUGAAGUGCUGUCAGAGGACCAGACCUCAAUCCUACACAGUUCUUUUGUCUCUUCCUCCGGCUCAGCUCAGCAGUGUGUUUGAACGCUGCCCCGAGAUGCGAGACCCACUACUGCAACAUGUGUUGUCAUUUACUCCUCACCAGCAAGCCCACAUUCCUGCAUCCAUCAUGGCUGUUCUGGAGGCGCAUAAGAAACCUGAACCCAAACCUGUGGAGCCAGAGAAAGAGAUUGAACCAGUUCUUAAACCCGCCACAGCAGAGCCUCAGUCUACCUCGAUGCCUGAGCCUGAACAUAACGAACGUCAGCAAGAAGAAGAGGAGCCCAUGGAGCAGGAGGAGCAAGAGAGUGUCAAUAGAGCUGGACAGAUGGAGACAGCAGCAGCUCAGGAGUCUGCCUCUCCUCACCCAGAGACAGAGGAACCAGUGGACGACACACAUCCAGAGCCCUCGGACCCUCAGCAGGGAGGGCAGGAUGGAGAGGCAGAGAAUGGCGAUGAAGUAGAAGAAUAAUGAAUUUAUGUUAACAUUUCUAAUCACUGUAUGUUUUCCUGUUGGGAAUCCUUUAUUUUGUAUUUUGAAAGUGAAUAAUGAAAGGGGAAUUUAUUCAUUCACUAAGCUCUUGUUAAUAAAACAACAAACUAUGGCUCCAA